AGAAUUUUUUAGGAAAAAAAAAAAUACCAACGCCUUUCCUCUUCCUCUUCCUCUUCCUCCCCUCUCUCACAUCAACCCUUUCGUCCCCAUUCUCUGCCUAAGCGGCAUCACAUUCACUGCCGAUCUUAUCGCCGUCGAGGCUGCCGUCGCCCGUCAAAAUAAAUAAAUAAGUAACGGUGUUUCGGUAUUUGAGGAGUCGGCGUCGAUAAAAGAAAAAAAAAAAUUGCCCCCAAACACCGAGUUCGCCUCGAAGUACAAUUUUUUUCGAGGGACCAACUGGGUGCUGGCGGUGUUUCCCUGAUGCGCCUCAAAACCACCAAAAAUGAAGAAAAGAAGGCGGUGGAGGAGGAACGGCGGUGCGUCAACUGCGGCCGGGGGAUCAAGACGCUCUUCGUCCAGUACUCUCCCGGCAACAUUCGUUUGAUGAAAUGCGAUAACUGCAAGGCCGUAGCCGAUCCCUAUAUCGAAUGCGAGUUCAUGAUUAUCCUGAUCGAUCUGAUUCUACACAAGACUAAGGCGUAUCGGCAUUUGCUGUACAAUAUGCUGAACUUAGAUGCUGAUGACACGAAGGGAGUAUUCUUGAAGUCCAGUUUUGUUUAUUUUCUUUUAGAUGCAUGCAGGAUUUCUCUCAUAAGUAAUAGUAGGGAUGAUUGGGAUUCAUCUGGGAGCCCUUUGGUGUCAAUUUGGACAUGUGGAAAGGUGUUGAUGGAUGUUUUAUUGGGAAAUUUUGUAUUUAUAUCUGUUAUAGUUCUUGGGACAAAGUUUCUUCUCGAUUUAUCACUUGAUAUUACUAGGUGCAAAGAGAUUAUGCUGGCCAUUCUUAUUUCAAGCUACUUCAAGUUGUUUCUCAUAGCAAUGAUGGUUUGGGAGUUCCCUUCUUCGGUUCUUUUCAUUAUUGACGUAUUUGUUCUAUCAUCAAAUGCAGUGGCUUUGAGAGUUGUAACACAGUUGCAGACUGCUGGGUGCCUUGCAGUAUGCUUCGGUGCACAUGCAGCCAAAUUGUUUACUGACCGUUGGGUACUGCAUCUAUUAUCUGGUGUCACCAUGAGAAAAAUGCUGCUCACUUAGUGGAGGCGCAUCAUGUUCAUUUUCACGUCACCAUCUUUUGUUGUAUAUCCUAAAUGGUCAUCAAGCUGCAUAAUGCAAAAUAUCAUCAACAUCAAAUAUUAUGGCACUUCACUAUGAACUUCAAUAUGAUACAGGUAUUUAGAAAUGUAGUUCUAUUCCACCACUUUCUUAGCCUUUGAUAAAUGUCAUUAAGUCCAUAUCACUAUGUCCCACAUAGCAAAAUGGCUGAAAUGAGAAUUCAGUCGAUCUCUGUUGAAUACAAUAAAUAGAUAUAUAGAUACAUAGAUGCCUAAGUCUUCUCACUCCUCUUGGCUUAUACUGGUGAAUUUCCCUUGCCCGGCUACUCUACUACCUUCUUGUGCCAUUUCUGUAUGUGCUGUUCUGCAAUUGGACUGGUGGAUAGAGAUCAAAGCACAUCAUUCAGGCCUGCCUCUUAUUGUUUCGUUAGAUACUUUGUUAGUAUACUUCAACAAUGUUCAGGCCAGCCAACCAAUGUUGCCUGCUGCUUUUGUGUUCGUUGCUUGCAAUGUAGGAAGAUCUUGAUAGUGUUAAAUGGGACAAUUAGGUUGUAAUUUCCUUUAGGAUUAUUAUUUAAACGUUAAGUUUCCACCA